AUACGAAAUGAAUUUCAUAAUACCGCACGGUGGCGAUGGCGGGUCGCGUAGCUGUGAGCUCAAGUAGAGGAAAUCUUAUUAAAGUUGGUAUUAUUUUUAUUGAAAAGGCCGCAUUUGUAUUUACGUCAUUUAAUUCGCAGAACCUACGUAUACACCCACCCGAGAGUUGGAAUUUUUUGGUACUUGGCAGCAGCUGGAGCCGCUGCAGCGGCACGGGCGGCGGCACCACCGCACCAAAAUACUUUACAUCAGAUGGAAAAUUAUUGAUUGAAUGUAAACACAAAGCUGAAGAGUAGCUGAAACAAGGUCGACUCAAGCGUGCAAAUAAAUCAAGUCGAAUAGUAAAUCAAUCGUUUUCCGAUGCGUUGAUUAUCCGAGUACGCACAGAAUGACGAUGAAUUUCUUAAUGAAAAACUAUUAGCCUUUUUUUGUUUAUACCGGAAAGGAAAAGUCUCCUCGAGAAAGCUUUCGAGUACACUUUCAACCACUUCAAGCCGCAAUAGGGGAAUAAAAUUCAAAGAAAUGGAAAAUCAAUGUGAAAUUUUAUCAUUAAUAAGAAAUUCACCCAACCCAACAGCCGCCGCCGAAAACAGAGACAAAAAAUUUAAAUACGUGUCAACAGUUGUUGUACGUGUUGAACGAGUUGGAAUUUUUUAAAAUUACCAAAUUGGCAACACUGUCAUUUCCCUCUUUUGUUAAAGGUCACCCGUGGCUUCAUCACCACUACCUUUACCCCUAUUCGAGGCUUUUCUUUCGGGUUAAGAACAAAUCAAUGAAUCGGGUACCCCAGAAAUUUCGGUGGGGAAUAUGUGUGUAUUUUUUUUCUCGCCAAAUUCUCCACCCUUACAUUUGCGUGUUAUUUAUUUCACUAAUAGACGAACGUGCAAGUUGAAAACACUCGAAAAAUAUACGCGAUUCCGAGUACCUGCUAUAUUCGCUCUUGCAAAUGUUAUGGUAUUCGACUUUUGGGUAUUUUUUCAAAGAUCCAACUGAUAGCGGUUUUUUUCCUCGGUUGAUUCGUGCGAACGUGAAAAGUGAUAUUUAUCUAGCCGCGGGUUAAUAGAUAAUGGGAAUGUACUUCGAAAAUAUUGAAGAUAACAUGGAAAACAUGGGACUUACCAGCCCAUCGGAAAGACCAGACUACACGAAUUUUAAAAACGAAACCGGUCUAGGAGAAGAUAUGAAAUUUUUAGCAUCUAUGCCAGAAUUAUGCGAUGUGACUUUUUUAGUCGGCGAUACACGUGAACCGGUCUGUGCUGUAAAAGCUGUCUUGGCUGCUAGAAGCAAGGUGUUUAAAAAAAUUCUGUACGAUACGCAAAGUCCUCAGAGACCUAAAAAAGAACAAUCCCAGUCUUCGGAGAAGAAAAUAACAUCGUUUUUGAAAAGGAGUAGCGAACCAUUGCUGUCUGCUCCUUCGACAGUGAUUCAAAAACAAGGAGCUCAACACCGCACAAUUUUAAUAGAAGAAUUUGAACCAGAUGUCUUCCGACAAUUAAUCGAGUAUGUUCAUACAGGUUGUGUUACUCUCCAACCCAGAACCCUCCUAGGUGUUCUCAAUGCAGCUGAUUAUUACGGACUCGAUGAGCUAAGACAAGCCUGUGUUUCGUUUUUACAUAAUUGUGUUAACGUGGAUACUGUUUGUCCCCUGCUGUCCACCGCAGACCGAUAUGUGCAAUAUAAAUGUACGAAAUCGAUGUUACAAAGGGUAUUGACUUACGUGGACGAACACGGUAAUGAAGUAUUAAAUCUGGGAUCAUUCACAUUGAUCCCAAAACACGUCGUUACGCUGAUUCUAUCGCGAGAAGAACUUAGAGCUGACGAGUUCACAAAGUUCCAGGCCGCUUUAAUGUGGACUAAAAAACACUGCGACAAUAACAACAUCGAUUGGAAACCAGUAUUCCAAGAGUCGUUCGUACCUCUAAUCCAAUACCAUAAAAUUCCAGCAAACAUUCUAACCAAUGAAAUAGUCCCGUUGAAAGUGGUUCCGGACGAUAUAAUAAUAACGGCUCUAGCUUACCAGGUAUUACAUGAUGCUGACCCAAGCAGUGUCGAAUUACCACCCGCUGUGCGAAACUCAGCUCCUAAUCGGUCAAUGUCUUGUCAAAGCUCGUCGCAAAAAAGUGGCUCCAGCGUCACUAUCAGUUCUACAGGGUCAGAUCGAGGAUCGCUCGAUGGACGACGACAAUCUUAAUCGGAUUGAUCGACCGUUAUUACAAAAACGCUUUAAUCGUUUAAUAUUGAAUUCCGUGCAUUAGCAAAUCUACGUAUUAUAGCCAGGAUUUAUGUAUGAUAAUUUAUGAUAGUUUAUAAUCGAUGUAUUACGUUUUUAAGUACAUAGGUAUUUUAUGUGUAAUGUCUUGAAGCGCUGACGCUGUUUGGUGUUUUUUUUUUCGUUUUGUUUCCUCCCAGAGCUACAUACUUAUUCUUUAUGUAUUGUUUUUAUUCGAUGUUACCGCGGUGUAUGUUAUUUUGAUCUGUUUUGAUGCUGAUAUGUGUGUGUUUUGUUUUGUAAGUGUGACUAUAUAACUGACUAUACGUAAAAAAUCAAAGUUAUUUUUAAUAAAUGUGCGUUUAUGGUUGUCUAA